AUGGGUAAAAACACCACUUCCAACUCCGAGGCAACAAAAGCUAGAGCAUUAUGGGAAGAUCCUAGAUGGACAACUACUUUUUGCAACCUUUGUGUGGAACAGAUUGAAGCUGGGAGAAGAUCAAAAGGUGCUUCCUUUAGCACCAAAGGUUGGAGCAUUUUGGUGACCAAAUUUUGUGAUGAGACUGGUCUAGACUAUGAUAAGGACCAAUUAAAAAGUAGGUGGGAUGUAUUAAAAACAGAUUGGAAAGUGUGGGAAAAAUUGAAGAGUCUUGACACAGGUUUAGGUUGGGAUGCAAAGAAGGGAACGAUUGAUGCUAGUGAUGAUUGGUGGGACUUGAAGUUGAAGGAAGUACCCAAAGCUAAAAAAUUUCGACAUAAAGGUCUACAAAAUCUAGAACAACUUGAUAGAAUGUUUAGAGAUGUUGCAGCAACUGGAGUAGCUGCAUGGACCCCUUCUUCAAAUACACUCCCUCCAACAAUGCCACAAGAGGGUGCUGGUGAUUUAUCUGGUAGCUUUGAAUUUAAGGAUAAUCAAUGUGACAUGAGUUUAGACAUUAAUAGUUUACAGCAAGGACAUACCAGUCAAUCACGUAGUUCAUGA